GAGGUAUAGAACCCAACCCUUCUUCAAACGGGCGUGUGACGGACAGAGGAGAGAAGGCGGGCUUUGGGGGCCGCCGCCGCCCCCUAUCCCCGGUUGACGUGAGAGUGGAAGAGGCGUGGAGCGCCAGGGGGACGGCGGCGGCGCCUCAUAAGCCGGGACCGGCUUGGUUGCAUCAGUUGGACAGGGGAGAAGCGUGGCUGAAAAAGGGCGAAGCAUGAAGCUGCAUCUCAGCGAAGGCAGCCCCGGAGGGCUGAAGGUGCUGGCAGCCGCCAAAGCCACGGGCGCCCCGGUGGAGCUCCAGUGGCUCCCGCAAGACGCUCCUGUUGUUCCAUUCCUCACCAGGCCAUGUCUGCCUGUUCUGCAGCUGGAAAAUGGGUCUUUUCUCUUCUCCACAAAUGCAAUUUGUCAGUAUUUUUUCCGUUUAUCUGGAAAGGAAACCAGCGAUUUUAGCCAGCAACAGAGUGAUUUUGCCAAUCAUUUGUUUGAGUGGGAAGCAACUGAGCUGGAGCCUGCUUUGUCUGCAGCCUUGUAUCUUCAUGUGGUCCAAGGAAAGAAAGGAGAGGAGAUUUGGGGGAUCAUCAAGAAACCGCUGAACUACAUUGAUCAGACCCUUAACAAAAAGGGCACUUCUUACUUUGUUGGGGAUGCUGAGUCGGCUGUUGAUGUUGCUUUAUGGGGAUCCCUCUUCCCUCUGUUAAGGGAUGAGUCUUUCUUGCCAGAUGAGUUGAAAGCCCUACGGAGGUGGUUCCAGAAUAUGAAUCUGAAGGAGUAUUGCAAGAAGGCCGUUGAGGCCGUAUGGACAUCCAAAGGACUGCUGGAGCUCAAAGCGUAUCUGCAGAAACACUCUACACCGAACUUGGCCUUUGAGAAACCAGCAACAAAUGAAGCAAAGGAAGAGGAAUUGGCCCAGCAUCAGCUGUCGGAAGAGGAGAUUGCAGCCAUCGCAGACGUUUGGAGCCAGGGACUGGCCAGCCUACCGAAACCUUGGAAGCCACAGCAUCCCAUAAUGCCGGUGGAAGGCAUGAAGAAUGUGCUGAUCACCAGCGCACUCCCCUAUGUCAACAAUGUCCCUCAUCUUGGGAACAUCAUUGGUUGCGUCCUCAGUGCUGAUACCUUUGCCAGGUAUUGUCGUCUGCGCAACUGGAAUACAUUGUAUUUGUGUGGAACAGAUGAAUACGGCACCGCAACGGAGACAAAGGCUAUGGAGGAAGGGCUGACACCAAAGCAGAUCUGUGAUAAGUACUAUGCUGUCCAUGACCACAUCUACCAGUGGUUUGAAAUCUCCUUUGACUAUUUUGGCCGCACGACCACGCCUCAACAAACCACGAUAGCCCAAGACAUCUUCCAGCGGCUUCUGGAACACGACUAUUUGCUGAGGGAAACUGUGGAUCAGUUGAAGUGUGAGAAAUGCGACCGCUUCCUAGCUGACCGCUUUGUGGAAGGCACUUGCCCCUUCUGCAACUAUGAAGAAGCCCGGGGGGACCAGUGUGACAAAUGCGGCAAACUGAUCAAUGCCACCGAACUCAAGAAACCUGUGUGCAAAGUUUGUCAAGGGACCCCUGUGGUGAAAUCUUCUCAGCACCUCUUCCUUGACCUGCCCAAGCUGGAAGAGAAACUGGAGAAGUGGCUGUCUUUCUCCCAGUCCACUGGAGACUGGACCUCCAAUGCAAGAUACAUCGCUCGAUCCUGGAUCCGCGAUGGCCUGAAGCCACGUUGCAUCACUCGUGACCUGAAGUGGGGCACGCCAGUCCCGUUGGACGGCUUCCGUGAGAAGGUGUUCUACGUCUGGUUUGAUGCUCCCAUUGGCUACCUGUCGAUCACAGCCAAUUACACAGACCAGUGGGAGAAAUGGUGGAAGAAUCCAGAACAGGUCCAGCUGUACAACUUCAUGGCCAAGGACAAUGUCCCCUUCCACAGUGUGGUGUUUCCAUGCUCACUCUUGGGUACUGGCGAGCAGUAUACCCUGGUCAACCACCUUAUUGCAACAGAAUACCUGAACUAUGAAGAUGGCAAAUUCUCCAAAAGCCGCGGGGUGGGCGUCUUCGGGGAUAUGGCCAAGGAUACGGGCAUUCCCGCAGACAUCUGGCGCUUCUACCUGCUCUACUUGCGUCCAGAGAGCCAAGACAGCGCCUUCUCCUGGAACGAUCUCCUGAUCAAAAAUAACUCGGAGCUGCUCAACACCCUGGGCAACUUUAUUAACAGAGCUGGGACCUUUGUGUGCAAGUUCUUUGGGGGACAUGUCCCCGCCAUGGAGCUGAGCCAGGAUGACAAGCGCCUGCUGGCGCACAUCACUCUGGAGCUGCGUCAGUACAACCGCUUGUUGGAGAAGGUCAAGAUCCGGGAUGCUCUACGCAUCAUCCUGAAUAUUGCUCGCCAUGGCAACCAGUACCUCCAGGUCAAUGAGCCCUGGAAACACAUCAAAGGCAGUGAUGUGGACAAGAAGCGGGCAGGCACCGUGAUAGGGGUGGCUGUCAACGUCGCGUCGCUGCUGUCUGUCAUCCUGCAGCCCUACAUGCCCACCGUGAGCGCUGCUAUCCAAGAGCAGCUGUGCGUUCCCGCCAACUGCAAUGUUGUUACCGACAACUUUGUCUGCACCUUGCCUGCUGGGCAUCAGAUUGGCACAGUGACCCCUCUGUUCCAGAAGCUGGAGACUGAACAAAUUGAAAGCCUGCGUAAGCGCUUUGGUGGUGGCCAGCUUGAAGAUCUCCCACAGCAACCACAGCAAAAAGCAGCUACAAAUAGUGGAGCACCCAUGGGAGCAAAGGAACUUCAGGAAGAAGUCACCAACCAGGAUCGCUACGUGCAGCAGCUGAAAGCACAGAAAGCUGAGAAGCAACAGAUUGAUGUGGCCACCGCCAGGUUGGUGGAACUCCAGAAGCAGCUCAGCUUAGCUACAGGGAAGGGGAAGAAGAAAAAGUGAACCCUCCUGAUCUUCUCCUUUGAAGACCCCGAGCCUCAUCAUCUCGCUACUGCUACUGUUUCCAUCAGUGAUGGGAAUGGAGGAUUUUCCCAUUUUCCACACCAUUCUUAGUAUUCUGUUGUUGCCCUUCUGCCUAUUUUGUAAUCAUGUAUAAUCUGAAAUCCUUUAAAUUACAUGGUUUAAAGUAUG